AUGAAGACCAAUGUCAGGUUGUGGAGGCAACUCCAGCCUCACAGGCGAGCGUUCUCAACAACACCGCAGCGGCUGGAUAACUAUGCCUUCAUCGGGCUAGGACAGAUGGGUUACCAAAUGGCGAGAAAUCUGCAAGCCAAACUGUCCCCCAGCGACAGCGUCCAUCUCUUCGAUCUCAACAAGGGAGCCAUGGAGAAGCUCGCGCAGGAGAUGAAAAGUUCGCAAGCCGGAGGGGCAGCCGUCAAGCUUGCCGAUGACGCAGCGGAGGCUGCGAGAGACGCUGACACUAUCAUAUCGUGCCUCCCUGAGCCGCGGCACGUCAAGAGCGCCUACGGGACCAUCCUGGAGUCGGGUCUUCCCGCCCGCCCGAAGCCCCGCCUCUUCAUUGACUGCUCGACCAUCGACCCGUCGUCCUCGCGGGAAGUCGCGGCGUCGGUGUCGAAGGUGCUGCCGUCGGGGCAGGGCGCGUUCGUCGACGCGCCCAUGUCGGGCGGCGUGGUGGGCGCCACGGCGGGCACGCUGACGUUCAUGCUGGGGGCGCCCGAGUCGCUGGUCGCGCGGAUCGAGCCGGUACUGCUCCGGAUGGGCAAGCGCGUGCUGCACUGCGGGCCGCAGGGGACGGGCCUGUCGGCCAAGCUGGCGAACAACUACCUGCUGGCGAUCAACAACAUCGCGACGGCGGAGGCCAUGAACCUGGGCAUCAGGUGGGGGCUCGACCCCAAGGUGCUGGCGGGGAUCAUCAACGUCAGCACGGGCAAGUGCUGGCCCAGUGAGGUCAACAACCCGGUCCCCGGGGUAGUGGAGACGGCGCCCGCGAGCCGCGACUACGCCGGUGGGUUCGGCAUCGGGCUGAUGAAGAAGGACCUGCGGCUCGCGAUGAUGGCGGCGCGGGAGGCCGGCGCGAGGCUGGACUUGGCGGAGAAGGCGGACGAGGUGUACGACACGGCAGAGGCGGACGAGAGGUGUAAAGGGAGGGACUUCAGUGUCGUGUAUAGAUAUCUAGGGGGGAAGGAGUAG